CUGGUGACCUCGGUGCUUGGUUUUCUCUCUGUGUUUUUUUAUUAUUAUCACUUUUUAUCUAUUUUAAUUUUUUCCUGUCUCAUGUGCAUUUUUAAAUUGUCUUUUAAUCAAUUUUCCACCAGCUAUAGAUUAGAUUGUGUGAUAGUGAUAAGAAAUUAAACUUGAUCUAAAGUAGUAAAAAAAAAACCUAAUGAAAUGUUUCUUUAAUACUAGUUGUGUGUUAUAAGCUGUGUGUUAUAAGAAAGAAGUGAAUUUAUUUUUUUCUUGUGUGUUAAAAAGCAAAAAAAAUUCCUUAAUAAAAGAUCAUUGUGAGGAGAUUUGUUUGUGAAUUGAGUUUUUUGAUUAGCAUAUCACGACUUCAUCAUGUUAAAAACAGCAUCUGUAGAAAAAGAUACUCUAUUGGAGAAAUCAUUGAUUCCAAUUAUUGACGUUUCAUUUGGUACUGACGAAUGUUUGAUGAAAUCAGUUGUAAAUCGCGUUGCGGUACAACUCGCAAAAGCGAUGAAGGAAAAAGGAAUGGCAAUGUUGGUCAAUCACGGCAUCUCGGAAGAAAAGUUAAAAAUUGCAUAUCAUUAUUUUGAUGAUUUUUGCAAAUUGGAUGAGAAAACAAAAGAGUUGUAUCUGCGAAAGAGUGAAAAUGGAAAUCACGGUUACGUCAAGCCUGGACAAGAGAAAUUCGAUGGAAAGACGAAGGAUAUUCGUCACGCCUUUAACAUUUGUACAUUAAAUGCAAAAUUACCCGAUGAGCCACUGCCGGGGUUUAAAGAACACAUCGCAUUAUUAGCAAAAGAUUUUAAAAAUCUUACUGGACUCAUAUUACAAGCACUAGCUGUAGCCUUAGAAUUACCAACAAAUUUCUUCGUUGAGAAGCACUCGCAUAUGCUUGAUAUAGACAAUGAAACCACAUUUCGAUUGCUGUAUUAUCCACCACUGAUAAUUGAUGACGAGAAAAAUGAAAACUUCACAAAAGGUUCCGCAAAAUAUUGCCACCAAAACACAAAUUUCGAUGAAACAAAACUCGGAUCAUUGAAUAUAAAGGAUGAAAAUGAUAUUGAUGAAACACACAUCAACAAGAGUGAUGUUAACAAAACUUUUACGCGAUGUGGCGAACAUUGUGAUUAUGGGACAUUCACUUUGCUUGUUCAAGAUACAGAAGGUGGAUUGGAAGUAAAAUUGCCAAAUAGUGAAAAAUGGCAAAAAGUCGGUCACUUGGGUGGAGCGAUUUUCUUAAAUGCUGGAGAAUUACUUUCAAUUUGGACUAACGGCCUCUAUCCUGCUUUGAAACAUCGUGUUGUGAUUCCGGAGAAUUCUGUCGCAUGUACGAAAGGUCGACACUCGAUCGCAUACUUUGUGCAUCCUGAUAAUUUAACUGAUAUUGUGCCUAUCGAUGAACCGUCGCCAUCAGCUUCUCAGGAAGCUAUCAACAAGAAAAAGACAAGAAAAACGUCGUUUAAGGCGGCAAGAAUGAAAAUUUACAACGCAUAUCAACAUGUUCAGAAACGCUUAAAAGAGACAUACGCAUCAUAAAUGAGAAAAAGAAAAAAUACUUUGAUAUUUUAUACUGA